CUGACGGACACGAGCGGGGCGGGGAAAAAAGACGGGCACGAGGGGGACGGAAAAAAAAAAGGGAACCAGCGACUUCGGCAGCCACCCACGGCGCCGGCGGGACGCCGGCGGCUCCAACGCACCAUCGUUCCUGGUCUCCACCGUCUUUGCACCUCUACAAGAGAGUUUGUCAUCAUGCACAGCCCCAGUAAACGGUUGAUUACCUCUAUGUCCAAACGCCUUGCUGUGUCCAAUCUCCAAGGCUGGGCAGACCUCCCAGAUGACCUGCUGCACUCAAUUGUUGCUCUCUUGGGCUCCUCCCUUGACCUUCUUGCCUUUGCUGCCACCUGCCGCCCUUGGCGUGCCGCUUUCUUCUCACACCCAUCCAAAUCUACCUUGUGCUUCUCAUGCCCCCCUGUCCUCAUCCGACAAAACCCCAUCCAACCUCCUAGCAAUGGUCAUGCCAAGCCACAAAGAUUUAACUUAGUUGAUCCAUCCAACACAGGCACCAACUAUCGCUGCCAGAUACGUGAAGAAAUUCUCCAGAAAUUUUAUUUUGCUGGUUCUUCCUAUGGUCAGCUCAUCUUCUUCCGCCACAGAUGUUGCCUUGUUGUUGAUGCAUUUAGUGGUGCAGAAGUUUCACCUCCAUGUCUCCCUGAGUUGAACCAUAAUGUUUUUGAGUCGUACUAUUGUAGCACUCUGACUGCUCCCCUUGCAUCACCCAACUCACGCCUCCUUGCCAGUACAAAAUCCUCCCUAUUUGACUGGCCAGUUGGAAGUGACUCUUGGUCUGAACUCAAGCUUUCCAAUGUGCAAGUACGGCAGAUUGUGGAAUUAAAUGGUCAGUUCAUUGCCAUGGAUGAUCAUAUGAAGAUCUACACUUUGCAGUUGGCGCCCCAGCUUGGCCUGCAAGACCUACCAAUAGAGUGGUGCGGCGGCAAGAUACCAAGCAUGGAUUCGAAACCAUUUCUAGUGGUCUGCCGCGACAUGCUUCUGAUGGUUUGCUAUUCUCUGGUAUCCCUAUUCCGGGGAUCAAGCUUCUGUACACUCCACCGCCUUGACAUGUCUACCAAUCCUGCAAAAUGGGUAGAGAUGAAGAAGCUGGACAAUUGGGCACUCUUCGUUGCAGCUGACAUCAGGACCCCACCAUUUUCUUGCGUUAACCCAGAACGGUGGGGAGGGAGAAGCAACUGCUUGUACUACACUCACCACUCUGAACCUUGGGGUGUGCGAUGGUUGGGCAAUGAGCCGGAUCUUUUGAAGGAUCCAUCCGCCAGUCGGGACCUUGUGUUCGGAAGAAAUAUGUGGCGUUACCCACAGAGCCUCUGGGUGUACCCCAGCAUGUUCUAUUCUGAUCGGAAGUGAUUGUUGUCGUGGGCAACUACAGCCUACCAGCUUCUUCUGAAAAUUGUCCCCUUCUCAACAGGGGCAAACACUUCUGCGGCUUGAUACAGGAUGCUCAUCAGCAUGAGUACUGCAACCUUUUGCAGUUACCUUUAUCUUCAGUUUCUCUAAACCUGGCAGCAGAUAUUAUAUGGCGGUACGAGUGCUUAGAACCUGUUAGGAGUACCCAAGCUUCUGCAGUUACUUUCAUCACUCAGUUCUUAGCCAUGCUUUUGAAAUUGCUAUUGGUUUCCGGUGCCGGAACUGACUCGGUUUGAGCGUUUUACCUGUUUGAAUGAGGUGAAGACAUUGCUCAUCUUGCAGGAUAACGAGUUGGCAACAUAGAACCGGCAUUGGAUCAUCAGGCAGCAUCUUUGCUUCUGCAUCAGUUUUUCUUGGGUUUGAGAACUGAAUGUUUUGUACGUAGUUAUUUCAUCUCUCAUGCUUUUGCAUCAACUUUUCUUGGGUUUGAGAGCUGAAUGUUUUGCUUCUGCAUCAGUUGUACACUCUGAGUAUGUAAGAAACAAAAUCUAGUGUACAAUCUCUGCUAGCCCCAGUCUGCGCGUACGCGUGUCGCGGCUGGGAGUAGUCGCUGGCUUCCCAAGCAAAGCAAGCAUCCUCCAUGGAAUUGU